AUGAGAAAAGUCGGAUAUGUAUACAGUGAAUAUUACGAACAACUUUGCAACAAGCUGCCUUCUAAUUUGGGCCGUUCUUCUUUUAUUCAUAGUCUUGUAAAAGCUUAUGGAUUAUUUGAUAAACUUAUAGUGGUUUCUCCAGAAAAAGCGAACUUUUCUUCAUUAUGUAGAAUUCAUAGUGACAAAUAUAUAUCAUAUCUUCUGAAAAAUCAAACAAAUAAAAAUGAUGUUUCCGAAAAAUAUGAUCAAAUCAAUGAUUAUCAAUCAGAAGAAAUGAAUUCAAUUUUUGGUCUUGAUUAUGACUGUCCUACUUUUCCAGAAUUGUCUGAAUAUAUUCAAUUUUUAGCAGGUGCUUCAGAAAUAUCGGCAAAAUUGUUAGCAAAUGAUGAUUUUGAUGUAUUUGUUCAUUGGGAUGGUGGAAGGCAUCAUGCAAGAAGAAAUAAAGCAGCAGGAUUUUGUUAUAUUAAUGAUGCUGUACUUGCUAUAACAGAAUUAAGGAAAUAUUAUCAGAGAAUAAUGUAUUUAGAUUUUGAUUUGCAUGCUGGUGAUGGUGUUGAGUCUGCAUUUUUACAUUCUGAGAAUGUCCUUACAAUAUCAUUACAUCGUUAUGAUCCAGGGUUUUUCCCAGGUACCGGAUCAUUUGAUUUAGCUGGCAAAGGAAAAGGAAAAUAUUAUGCAUUAAACGUUCCUUUAAAAAGGGGAUUAACGGAUGAAAAUUUUAUACUUUUAUUUGAUAAUAUUAUUCAACCUGCUUUUAUAAAUUUCAAACCUGAUAUUAUUGUUGUUCAAUGUGGAUGCGAUGGACUUUUUAAAGAUACAUAUAAAGAAUGGAAUUUAACACCCCAAAGCUAUGCAUUUUGUUUGGAAAAAAUAUUAAAAUGGAAAAAAAAGCUUCUAAUACUUGGUGGAGGGGGAUAUGAAAAUACUGUUGUUUCAAGGUGCUAUGUGUUUCUUACUAGUGUUAUCUUGGGUAUUGAAAUAUCAAAUGAUAUUCCUGAACAUGAUUUUUUCGAGUUUUACGCUCCUGAUUUUGAAUUGUUAUUGGAUCAUGGAUAUAUAAAAGAUGAAAAUGUAAAAGAAUACAUUCAGAAAACCAUAAAAACACUUCAAUUGUAUAUUUAUAAUAUAAAUAUGUAA